AUGUCAUAUACAUAUGUUGAAGAUGAAGUAAAAAAGAAUUUACGAACAAAAAAUUUUAAUAAUGAAGAAAAAAAAAUGCUAGUUGAACUAAUUGAACCCUACAAACACAUAAUUGAAAACAUAAAGACUGAUGCUUUUAACAUAAAACAUAAAAACAAAACAUGGGAAAUUAUUGUCUCAGAUUACAAUAGACAACAAACAACUGGGAUUAGAACAUGCAAACAAUUAAAAACCGCGUAUGACAUGGCCAAAAGACAAGCAAAAAAAUCAAUGAGUGAUGAUAAAGUGUUAAUGUAUAAACUUACAAAACAAUUCACGGAUGAGGAACAGUCCAUGGUUCUGGACUUAGUCAAAACUCAUCGUUUAUCUAUUCUCAGUGGGCAUCUAUUUGAAAAGGAUGAAGCAUGGUCAAAUAUUGUUGAAACUUUUAAUUUGCACCAAACAUCAGGUACAAGAACAUAAGAUGAAAUCAAAUAUUUAUUUGAACAUUUAAGUAAAACGGCCAAAAUAGAAAAUAAAAAUGAUAAAAUUGAAAGAUUUAAAACUGGUGGAGGACAAUACAAAAAAAGUAUGAACCAUAUAAGUGAGCAAGUAAUUGCAGUAAUUGAAGACCGAAUUACUCCAUUAUUCAAUGCACAUGAUGAUGAUUAUGGCUAUGCUGAUCCAAUGAACGCUGAUAGAUGUAUUCAGAAUGUACAAGAUGAUAUGGAAAUUGUUGAAUUUGUAGAUGGAGUUGAAGAAAUCGAUAUCACAGUAGAUAACUCACUUCCUCCUUCUCGUGAAUUCAAUUGGGCUAUGUUUAAUGCAGAACCUGAAACAUCAACAUCAUCAAAUAACAGUUACCAGUCAAAUCAGUCAAAUCAAAUAAAAACAACCAAAGAUACUGCGGUUAAAAAAGGUUCUUCACAAAAAUCUGUAUGUGAUGGUCUACAAGAAUUGGCCAAAAAAAAAAUUAAUAAAGUAUGUGCUCAACAAAAAUUUUCACUAGAUAUCCAAAAUAUAAAAAUUAAAAAAGCAAAGACAGAACUAGAAACAGCAGAAACCACACUAGAAAUAGUUAAGACUGAACUUGCCUUAAAAAAAAUAGAAUUUAAUUCAAAAAUAAGGCAAAUAGAAUUACAAGAAGACAUUUUAAAUUUGCAAAAACAAAAGCUAUCAAAAAAUUAG